AUCUUUUAAGUGGCAAAAAUUCAGGACAGAAAAUGGCGACGGCGGGGAGCCGGACGUCGUCGUUAGGCGGAUUAUUAGACUCCAGUAGCGGCACAAACGUCGGGAACGGACUUCAGGGCAGUUCCAGCGGCUCCACUCUGUUGAACAGCAGCGGGAAAGUGAAGAGGAAUGCGGGAGAGAGUUCUCAGUGGAGACGGAAAGUGAGAAGUGUGGAUCUGGAUAAAUGCGAGAGCGGGACUGCAGCGCUGCACUUCCUGACGGUGUCCGGUCCCGGCUCGAUCCAGACUGCCUUACUGCAGCAGAGCCUCACUGACCCAACGCUUUGCGACAAAACAAGCAAUAAUCUCUGUAAUAGUGCUCAGGAAUGGAUGAAAAGCUCUUUAAAGAGCGGCAGUGAGAGUCCGAGCGCUGAACAUGGAGGGGCUGCUGUGGACGUGAACGCUUCACACAACAGCCGGGACAUGGACAACAAGGAGACUCUGCGCGGGCUGCAGAAGAUGGAGGACCGGCCGGAGGAGCGUUUGAUCCGAGAGAAGCUCAAGGCCACCUGUAUGCCCACCUGGAAGAGCGAAUGGCUCGAGAGGCGGAGCAGAAGAGGCCCAAUGGUAGUGAAGCCCAUUCCUCUGAGAGCAGACGGCACUGAAGCCGGAAGCGACAGUCACAGUUCGUCUUCCUCUCAAAGCAGAGGCCAUCGCAGCCCAUCUCCUGGACCUUCCUCUUUCUCAGCCGCCUCCUCCUCUUCAUCGUCCUCCACAAAGACUGCUGGGAAGCCUGAUUCUCCUGGUCUGCGCAGACGGAGAGGGUCCCCAGUGCCUAGCGGCAGGGUGACGCCCCCUCGCAGAGCUCCCUCCCCUGAUGGCUUUUCCCCAUAUAGUCCAGAGGAGACCAACCGCAGGGUCAACAAGGUCAUGAGAGCCCGCCUCUAUCUGCUGCAGCAAAUAGGACCCAAUUCGUUCUUGAUUGGCGGAGACAGUCCUGACAACAAAUUCCGGGUGUUCAUUGGUCCACAGACCUGUAGCUGUGGCCGAGGGACGUUCUGCAUCCACGUGCUCUUCGUCAUGCUCAGAGUCUUCCAGCUGGAGCCAUCAGACCCUCUACUGUGGCGCAAGACCCUCAAGAACUUUGAGGUGGAGAGCUUGUUUCAGAAGUAUCACAAUCGCCGCAGCUCACGCAUCAAAGCUCCCUCACGUAGCACCAUCCAGAAGUUUGUGUCUCGCAUGUCCAACUCUCACACGUCAUGUACCUCCAGUGCCUCCCCAUCCAGCAAUGAAAGCAGUAUGAAGGAUGAGGAGGAGCAGAUGUGUCCUAUCUGUCUGUUGGACAUGCUAGAUGAGGAAAGUCUGACGGUGUGUGAAGAGGGCUGCAGAAACAAACUCCACCAUCACUGCAUGUCUAUAUGGGCCGAGGAGUGCCGGAGAAAUCACGAUACAUUAAUCUGCCCUCUGUGUAGAGCCAAGUGGAAGUCUCAUGAUUUUUACAGUUAUGAGGCAUCAUCUACAGUGGAAAGCACAAUAAACCGCUCCCAGAGUCAAACGGUUGCUACUUCUUCGUCAUCUUCAUCUCUUCAGGCUGAGAGCUCUAGAGCGGGGCAGGAGGCCGACUUCUCUCUACCACAGUAUGGAGUUCAGCACAUCCCCCAGACAUACACAGAGCUCGCCGAACCCUGGAUCAAGGUGUUUGGUUUGGAGCUGGUAGGCUGUCUCUUUUCCCGGAACUGGAACAUCAGGGAAAUGGCCCUUCGGCGGCUGUCACAUGACGUGAGCGGAGCCCUCCUGUUGGCCAACGGCGAGCAUUCAUUGGCCGGGGCGGGGGCGGGGCUGGGCACAGCUGCUGGGGAGGUGUCUGGAGACGUGGUGGUGGAGUCCUGCUGUAGUGUGCUCUCCAUGGUCUGCGCAGACCCCGUCUACAAAGUCUAUGUGGCAGCAUUGAAAACCCUGCGAGCGAUGCUUGUCUACACCCCCUGUCACUCUGUGUCAGAGCGGACUCGAUUACAGCAGCUGCUGCGGCCCGUGGUGGAAACCAUACUGGUCAAGUGUGCAGAUGCUAACAGUCGCACCAGUCAGCUGUCUGUGUCCACUCUACUGGAGCUGUGCAAAGGUCAAAUGGGGGAACUCGCUGUGGGCAGAGAAAUCCUCAAAGCAGGCUCUAUUGGUAUUGGUGGAGUUGACUAUGUCCUGAAUUGUAUCCUGGGCUCUAAAACGGAGGCCAAUAACUGGCAAGCACUGCUGGGUCGGCUGUGUCUGAUCGACAGGCUCUUACUGGAGUUUCCUGCUGAGUUCUACCCUCAUAUUGUGUCAGGUGGAGACUGCAACCAGGCCCAAAAUGUUGUGGAGAGGUACCAGAAGCUGCUGCCUCUUCUAAGUUUCGCUCUGCAGUCCAUCGAUAACUCUCACUCCAUGGUGGGUAAGCUUUCCCGUCGCGUCUUCCUGAGCGCUGCCCGUAUGGUAGCUCGUGUGCCUCAUGUCUUCGUUAAGCUACUGGACAUGCUCAACGUCACUAGUUCCACUCACUAUGCCCGCAUGCGCCGGCGUCUUCUGGCCAUCGCUGAGGAGAUGGACAUCCUGGAAGCCAUCCAUCUGGGACUAGAUGACCUACAGACUGGGCACAGUUCGCACUCCAAUGCUUUUCUCGAGCCCACAGCCCCCCAUAACUCCCCGUGUACGACCGAAAGGAACUCUCCCACCCAUGGUCUACAGCAGCUGACCACCAAGGUGGCGCUUUCAGGUCAAGCCAGUUCAACUCCUGUAGAUGAUAUAACAGAGAGACUCUCAAACAUCGUCACAAGCCCUGCUGAAUUUCCAAAGCCCCCUGUUCAGGCCCGAAACAGACCUAUGAGUCAAUGUUUGAACUCCCCCUCAUCCAGUCAACCCCCGAGCCUUCCUUCUCUGUCCAUGGCCAACGCCUCAGCCUUCCCUCCAGAAAGCCCCAAAGCCCUGCCACAGAGUUUUAUGCCCAACAAACUCGCCCAGUCCUCACUGAGUACCCAGCGCAAGUUGCCACUGCAGAAGGGAUUAAGUGGAGGCGCCUGUAGCGGUAAGGAGCCGGAGAAGCUGCCCUCCCCUGUGUUUACCCAAGCUCGGCCGCUGCCCUCGAGUCAGAUCCACUGGCCCAGACCCUCUCGACCCUCUCCCGUUGCCUCAUCUGACGGAGCAAAAGCUUUAAGCCCAGGGACAAAGAGCAACAUGAAACUGGACCUUCAGGAGGUCAGGUCCAGAGACGACAUGGGCUGUAGUGGCGGUUCUGCUCUUAUCCCCAGUGAGGACACAGUCUUCACACCAGUAGACGAGAAAUUCCACGGUAUAGAUGCUUCGGCCGAUCUCAGCUCCAGCAUGGAGGACCUUUUGGAAGCCUCUAUACCUGCGGCAGACAGCACGGUCACCUUCCAGUCCGAAGUGGCAGUGCUGUCACCAGAGCAGGCCAACACGAACGACGACACGUACAGCGAGGACAUGAACAAGAACCAGAAGUGCAAGGAGAAGAUGGAGGCUGAGGAAGAGGAGGCGCUGGCUGUAGUCAUGGCAAUGUCCGAGUCACAAGAUGCCCUGCCUAUCAUCCCGCAGUUACAGGUGGAGAAAGGAGAGGACGUGAUCAUUAUUCAGGUGGAUACACCAGAGACUCUGCCUGGUCAUACCAAAGCAAAGCAGCCAUACAGGGAGGGCAUGGAAUGGCUAAAAGGGCAACAAAUUGGCCUGGGUGCCUUUUCGUCAUGUUACCAGGCUCAGGAUGUUGGCACUGGUACUCUGAUGGCUGUCAAACAGGUGACGUAUGUGAGGAACACCUCCUCAGAGCAAGAGGAGGUGGUGGAGGCACUACGAGAGGAAAUUCGCAUGAUGGGUCUCCUUAACCAUCCAAACAUCAUCCGGAUGCUGGGGGCAACCUGUGAGAAGAACAACUACAACCUUUUUGUAGAGUGGAUGGCAGGUGGCUCUGUAUCUCAUCUUUUAAAUAAGUAUGGCGCCUUUAAGGAGGGUGUGGUCAUCAACUACACAGAGCAGCUCCUACGAGGUCUCUCCUACCUCCAUGAGAAUCAGAUCAUACACCGUGACAUCAAAGGUGCCAAUCUGCUAAUUGACAGCACAGGCCAGAGGUUGCGGAUAGCUGAUUUUGGGGCAGCAGCACGUUUGGCUUCAAAAGGCACGGGUGCAGGGGAGUUCCAGGGUCAGCUCCUGGGAACCAUUGCCUUCAUGGCUCCUGAGGUGCUGAGAGGGCAGCAGUACGGUCGCAGCUGUGACGUCUGGAGUGUGGGCUGUGCUAUUAUAGAGAUGUCUUGUGCUAAGCCCCCCUGGAAUGCUGAGAAACACUCCAACCACCUGGCACUCAUUUUCAAGAUUGCCAGCGCUACCACAGCACCAACUAUCCCACCCCACCUGUCUCCAGGCCUGCGGGACGUCACACUGCGUUGCCUUGAGCUUCAGCCCACCGACCGGCCGCCCUCCAGAGAGCUGCUGAAGCAUCCCAUCUUCCGCCACAGCUGGUAGAGUCCUCUCACUCACCUGCAGCUGCAGAGACGUCGUACUACUGAGGGCCGCGUCUGGCCUGUGCCUCAUACUGCUGUCAUGUUCUUAGUGUUGUUAGUUUAGCCACUUUCUGUCUUUCACUUGCCUAAACAAACAAAACACAGUCAUUGAAGAGGGCCCUAAAUGCUGUAUCCUCAAUACAUGAUGCAAAAAACAUGAUUGCACAUGUAGUCUUAGUACUAAGAGUGUCUGUAUAAACAGUGCCAUUUCUGUUUUUAAGUUAAAAUCUCUGCUCUGUGCGGUGGGUAGUCCAUUUACCUUCUGGAAGGCUGAAUCAGGUCAUCUUUAGUAAAGGCCAGCCUGUUUGAAGAAGAACAGUUUCUCAUCUGUUAAAUCCCAUCACAUUUAACACAUUUGAUUUUUAGACUGAUCCUCAGUCAGUGCAUGUCAGGCCUCAUGUGUUGUUUUACACCAUGAAUGUGUUUUGGUGAAAGACAAAUCUUUGCUAGUUGAACUAGCACACCGCUGAAUGUGAAUGCUUAUGAUGCCGGUAUGGUUCGCUUUUCAUUUCAUUUCUAAACGGAGAUCAUGUGUAAAUGUCUGGUUUUACUUGUUUUAGCUUAAUGGGUGUAAUUGGGAAUCUUUUCAAAGCUAUCACCCAAUUUUAGACUGUGAUGUGUCUGUAAAUCAUGUUUGAAAGUCUCACUGGAACAUUAUUUCUGAUCUCCAACUCUAUUUCAGUUUAUAUGUUGUGAUUUGACUUAUUAUUUUGGGUGUUGACUCAUAAUUCAGUUGAAAUUUCAUUUCCUUUUCAGCUGUUAUUUACUCAGCCAUGUUUUUGGUGCUGUUCUGUUCACGUUCACGAAAAUCCAACAGACGUUUUGUAAACGAUUAAGCUUCCUAAAGGAAUAUUCAGCAUAUUGAACUGAAUAUUUCCUUGUAUUAUUUACUCUUAUACAAGCAUUAAUGCUUUGAACAUUUCGGUGGAGGGAUCAUAUUUAGCUAAUGAUUUUAGUGCUCGUAAACACUGUUUCCCCCAAAUCCAUUAACAUUAUGCAUGUUCUGAAAACAUGUCAGGUGUAUAAACUGUAGCUCUUCAAGCAUUGUUGCUGUUUUGGUUUUCUGAAAUUUUUAAAACCGUUUUAAAAGAGUAUUGAUGACCUUAUUUGGACUCUCGAUGAGUGAGUUUUAAACGUGACAAUUUCAAAACUAUUUUUAAAAGUAAAGUUAUUUAAUGCAAAUUCUCCUCAUUUAUGUGGAAUACAGGCUGAUCAAGCUUGAAGAGUUAAGAUGUAAAUAUGAAUUUUGGUAGCUAAAUGUAUUUUACUUGACUCCUGCAUUUUUUUUUUUUUUUUUUUUUAAGCCACACUUCUCAUCAUAAAUACAUAUUUUUGUUCCUACAUUGGGUGUUUUUUUUUUUUUGUGUGUGUUUUUUUUUUUUUUUUUUUCCUUUCCUUUAUGAAAGCUUUAAAGUUAUGCACUCUGUCUUUUUAUAUACUGGAAAGGUGUCUGCUUCAGUCAGCUUCAUAAAAUCUAAUCAGUAUUACUUGAGUUUUUCACAUCUUCUGUCAUUUCUUUUCAGUUCUCAUCAUCUCACUGUGUGUUGUUGUUCUGUUAUUUCAUGGGCUUUUUGAUCUGGGCUGAACUGACCUGUAUGAAAUGAUGCUGUUUCUUGUCACUUGGUGGUACUUUUAUGUGAAGAUUGUCUAUUGCUGUUUUAUUCCAGUCUUUUCUACCUCAGGUGUCCUCUAGAGUUUUCUUCUACCAAAGUUCACUUUCUCAAUAUAUAUAAAUAAUUAUAUAUAUAAAUAUAUAUAUAAAUAUAUAUUCUUUUAUUAUAAUUUUAUAUCUCUCAUUCUUUGUUUUGUUUUUUUGUUUUGUUUUUUCCUCAAAGAUCUCCAGGGCUUAAGGGCUAACUUAUAUUAGCACCUUUUAUUGUGCAAAUAAAUCUCUGGGUUCAGCUAAAUAAAAUAAAAUUGGCUAAAGCUGUAUCUUUUAAUCCUGUGUAGCUUUUGUCAAAAAUGUUUUAAUUAUUAGGUUUUUACCCCAUUUGAAGCAUUUUAUAAUGAAAUCUACCUAUUUUGGUCUUUAUAGCAAAUAAAACGUAUAGGAAAAUCUG